AUGAUCGCCAGUCUCAGGAGCUACCUCGAGGCCCUGCCUCACGAGGCCGCCCUCAAGCCGCUGCCCAUCCUCCUCGCCUCCGUGCUCGCCGCCGUCAUCGCCGUGCUCGUCCGCCUCUCCACCGCCACCUCCCCCAAGAACCUGCACACGCUCAACCCCAAGGGCGCCUUUGAGAUCUCGGACCGCCGCGUCAAGGCCGAGUUUCAGCGCGACGCGACGCGGCUGCUGCGCGACUGGUUCAAGAAGAACCCGGACAGGCCGGUGGUGAUCAACGGCGACAUGGGCGCCAUGACGGUGCUGCCGCCGAGCAUGGCCAACGAGAUCCGCAACGACCCGCGGCUGGGCUUUACCGAGUUUACCAUGGAGAUGUUUCACAGCCACCUGCACGGCUUCGAGCCCUUUACCCUGGGCCAGAGCGAUCAUCUGAUCCAGUCGAUUGUCCGCAAGGACCUCACCAAGCAACUCGCCAAGGUCACCGCUCCCCUUGUCGAAGAAACCUCCCUCGCCCUCAGCGACAUCCUGACCGACAGCACCGAAUGGCACGAGGCCAACGUCCGGGAGGCCAUCCUGCAGCUCGUCGCACGCAUCUCCUCCCGCGUCUUCCUCGGCUCCGAGCUGUGCCGCGACCCCGACUGGCUCCGCGUCACCCAAGCCUACACCGUCACCGCCUUCGAAGCCGCCCGCCAACUCCGCUACUGGCCCUUCCUCCUCCGGCCCCUCGCCAACCGCUUCCUCCCCGUCUGCCUCACCGCCCAGGCCAUGCUCCGCGAAGCGCGCGCCGUCAUCGCGCCGGUGCUCGAGCGGCGGUACGCGGCGCGCGCCGCCGCGGGCAAGGAGUACGUCGAGUCCAACGACGCGAUGGACUGGUUCGCGACGGCGGAUCCGGAGCGCGCGUUUGACGCGGCCAAUUUCCAGCUGGCGCUGUCGUUUGCGGCGAUCCACACGACGACGGACUUGCUGUCGGAGACGCUGCUGCGGAUCGUGAAGAUGCCGGAGAUCAUCCAGGCGCUGCGGGAGGAGAUUGUGGAGGUGUACAGAGCGGACGGGUGGGAGAAGACGGCGCUGUACAAGAUGAAGCUGCUGGACAGCGUGAUUAAGGAGACGCAGCGGAUGAAGCCGAUAUCCGAGAUCACCAUGCUCCGCAAGGUCAAGGAGGGCUUCACCCUCUCCGACGGCACCCGCCUCCGCGCCGGGCAGAACCUCGGCGUCACCUCGACGCACUUCCGGUCCGCCGAGCUGCACACCUCGCCGGACGUCUGGGACCCGCGCCGGUGGACGCGCAUGCGCGACGACCCGGCGCGCCAGAACGCGGCGCACCUCGUCUCCACGACGCCCGAGCACAACGCCUUUGGCCACGGCCGCCACGCCUGCCCGGGCCGCUUCUUCGCCGCCAACGAGAUCAAGGUCGCGCUGCUAGGCAUCCUUCUGCGGUACGACGUGGAGUUGCCGGCGGAGGCGGGGGAGCCGCGCGUGUACGAGGAUGGCCUGACGCUGGUGUCGGAUCCGAUGGUCAAGUUGCGGUUUAGGAGGCGCGAGGCGGAGAUUGACCUCGACGCGGCGUGCUGA